GCCCGGUUGCUAUGGAGGGUAGAGUCACAUGGGGUAACCUCCUCACGGUCACUAUAAUGUGGUUCUCGCUCUCGGUGGGGUGCGUGGUGAGUUGUGCGUGGAUGCCGCGGAGAAUAGCGUGGGCCUCCACACGCACUACAUCUCCGCGGUAACACGCACAACAAGCCACUUGAUAAGAUGCGCAGAUUGACAACUCAGACGUGGAGGCAACUGAGAUUCGUCCUCCACCACCUGGAUUGAGGUGAGUCACUAUGCCACCACGAGGACUUAGAGCACAUUGGGAAUUAGGCAUUCCAAAUUGGGGAGAAAAGGGGAGAAAAUAAAUAAAAAAUAAAUAAAAAUAUGAGUGUGAAAAAAAAGAAAAAUAAAGAAAGAGAAUGGUGGAAGGGAAACUUUUAAUUUUAGAAGCUUGCUAUUACAAAUGGCAGAAGUACGGGGAUACAUGUCAGACUGGCAGACAUUUUCAUAAAUACAAAGCAAUGUACGGCAAGGUAAAAUUACUCUUAACCCUUUCGCACAUGCGAUCAAACCGGUGUGAUUACACUAGGCUGGGCUCAGAGGCGUAUGAUCAAACCAGUGUGAUCUGCAUUCAGGCUGCUGUUUACCAGCAAAAGAGGCACUGAAGCAGUUAUCAUAAUGAACCAGCUGAUCAAAUAGUCUUUUCAACAUCACAAUAUCUUUAUUUUUAUAUGUUACAAACAUUCAAACAAUCACUAAAUAAAAGUGUAAAGCCGUUACAGUUGGAGCGCACAGUUUUGAUGCAGCGAUGCCGCCAUGUUUUCUGACAUCAUACAAAGAAUAUACAAACUAGUCAGUCCACUUGAGCCUUCUCCCAUUCCGUCCGUCACUCAUUCUAACCACUUCCGGCACUGGGAAUGUGGAAGUGCUAUGUUUUUAGAAACUUCUAUGCAUCUAUCAUGAACUCAAAGUCCCAUGUUGCAUUGCAUGUAAACAUCAUGGUGGUGUGCAUAGCUGGCAAGCACAUUAGCACAUCUUAUUUAUCAUAAUCAAUCAUUAAACAUCUAAAAAAACAUAUUAUAUGCUUGAUAAUAAAAUUACAGCGCGCAAUAAAUAACUCACUCUGGAGGGUUCGUCAGUACAGGAGAAACUUGUUAAAUAAAGAGGAACAUGUCAUGCUCACACACUAAAGAAUAGGUCAUACUAAACUUAACGCAACACUUCACAUCAUGGGCCAACAUAACACGGGUUUAUGUGAUACAUGACAGGAAAUGGAAACGGUUGAAAAUGUUUUAAUUAAAUGUAUCAAAUAUGAACAGGAAAAAAUUGAACUUAUAGGAGAACUACAAGCUUCAGGAUGUACAGAAUAUACUCUAUGCAAUAUUUUAAAUAUUAGUUCAGGAACUGGUAAAAUAGUAAAAAGCAAUACUGAGAUUCUUUAUAAAUAAUUGUCUUAAACAGAAUAUAGGAAAUCAUCCUUUUAUUCCUAGACUUCAUUAGGUCACACUUCAGCACAGUAGGUGGCGGCAUGCACCUGUUUGGUUGGUUUGCAGCUGCCAGUAAACCCACAGAAGAAGAAGAAGAAGAAGAGUUGAACGAAGCGUCAAUUGUAUGGUGGUGAAGAUGGCAAAGAGGUGUGUUUUCGGUUGUUUUCCUAACAAAACCCUGUUCAGUAUCCCAAGACUACCUUGGUUACGGGCUCGCUGGCUUGAGUUUUUGCAUUUUGAAGAGGAAGGAUUAACAGUGAAUUCGCGGCUGUGUUCGAGGCAUUUCACGCCCGAGUGCUUCCAGAAUUUUACACAGCACGAAAUGGGGUUUGCGAAAGUCUUGUACCUGACAGAUGCAGCUGUUCCGUCUGUGUACACGGUUGGUACAUCCCAAAGUAUGAAGCCGCUGACACGAGAUGUGGGCUGCCAAUGUACCGCUCAAACUUCAAAAAAGAGCGUUUCGGUUCAAGUGUCAUGCUCAGUCUCGAAGCCGAAACGACGUAGUAAAGCUAUUCAAGUGAAACCAUUGGGGCACUCUGUCGGCACCUCCUCAGAGAAUUUUGGCACCAACCCCGAACCUCAAGUCCUCACAUCAACACCAAUUAAAUGUCCACGAAUGGAAGAAAGCAAAGUUGAGUUCAACGACUGCUCAUUGGUCACCGUGAAAGAACCAACAGAUUUCACCUACGAGCCUGAAAUCGCAGAGGACAAUGGAAAAUUGUUCCUUGCUGCUCUGCACUACAAUGAACAUGCUGACCAGAGGCAGGCAUGCAACCAGAGUGGUGAGCCAUCAGUCGGAGUCAGAUGGCCAAAACACAAAAAGGGGGAAUAUUCCCUUUUCAGCAGAAAAACAGCACCAACAUACAACUAUGUUGAUACCCUGCUGAGGCUGCUUUUGGAGGAGGUGGUCCUCAAUCCUGGCUCAUACGAGGAACGUUUGAAUGAACUGAAGAUCCCUGACCACCUGUGUGAUGCUUUCGAGAGACCUGACCUGCAAGAAGCUGUGGCCAGAAACUGGUCCUUUUUUUCACCACUUCACCCUGAGUUGUGUGUGUGUGUGUGUGUGUGUGUGUGUGUGUGUGUGUGUGUGUGUGUGUGUAUAUAUAUAUAUAUAUAUAUAUAUAAAGGAGUGUUUUUUCAAUAAUGUAAUAUGUCUUCUCAUAAAAGUGGUAAUGAAAUUUUAAUAGCACACAUCAAAUGGUUUUUGUCUUUAUUUAUAAAAACAGUACCAACGUGCACAUAUAGUGGAGGUAUUCUGAAUCCUUUGUUUUCUUCAGAUGGAAAUGCAGCUCUGAUCUUCAUCACGACGCAUGAUGGGACAACUACAUGGAUUUGUCUCCCCAAGUACCCCUGUCCUAUCUAAGAAAAGACCUGUAGGUUGUGUGACAGUAUCGUCUAAAGACAGAGAACCAUAGAAAUAAAUAAGUGCAUUAUCUGAGUGGAAAUUUACAGCAGGAGUUGGAGGAAAGCAUUUUUGGUAUUUGCAAUAAAGCCAUCAUUACAGCAUAGAUAAAACUGACAUUGAUGCAGUGUUGACUGUCAUUUUUACUUACUCCUCAUUUGUAAAUGCUUUUUGGUUGUAGUCACUAUAGUACUUUACCAUAGAUGCAUAUUCAAGUUUAAGAAUCCAUGGGUUGAGGCAGACUGCUUCAAAACUUGGGUGCUCAGUUAUGCAUCCAGGUUGUGGUUUUGCUUCAGCGUAUUUGUCCAAAACCUGUAAAAAUGGUAGUGUUUAACUUUUGUAGCUGCUGUAAAUGUUAAUGCAAGAACAAGAAGGUACAUAAAUAUAUCUGAAUAUGUUAAUUACUUUCUGAUAUUUUGCAAGCACUGAGUUUAAGCUUUAUCUUCUGUCCUACACUGCAGUUAUUGUGAUUGUGUUGUGUGUGUCUUUAUGUAUAUGGUCUGGUUAAUAGACUGAUAAUCAUCCUGCACUUCUGUUACAAACCUGCCUAACCUCCCUACAGCACAAUUUUUCCUGUGCAGAGGCCAUAUUCUUGCAGCAGCCACAGGAACACCUGAGAGGCACAGACAAUAAUGUAAGGGAAUUAAUAACCGAAUGACUCCAUGACAAUCAUUAUAUUAUUAAAGUAGAAAAAUCUUCCCCUAUCUCAUUCACACAAUUUCAAGUACUUGGCGAUGUUUUGUUUUUUUGAAUAACAUUUUAAUAAUACACGAUCAGCCACAACAUUAAAACCACCUGCCUAAUAUUGUGUAGGUCCACCUCAUGCCGCCAAAACAGCAACAACCCUAUUCUGAGAUGAUAUUCUUCUCACCACAAUUGUACAGAGCGGUUAUCUGAGUUACCAUAGACUUUGUCAGUUCGAACCAAUCUGGACAUUCU